AAUUAUACGUCACUGAUGAAGUGGCAAUGAUGGAGGCUAGUCCGGAAUCAACAGCGAAUUCACUGCUGAAAGAUGAGUGCUACACUGAUUUCCUUAAAGAGGAUUUCGAUGUGAAGACGUACACAGCUCAAGCCAUUCAUCAUGCUGUAAUUGCAGAGCAGCUGGCAAAGCUGGCAGAGGGCAUCAGUCAGCUGGACAAAGAGCUGCACUGCCAGGUAGUGGCCAGACAUGAGGAUCUACUAGCUCAGGCAACAGGGAUCGAAUCUCUCGAAGGUGUCUUACAAAUGAUGCAGACCAGAAUUGCAGCUCUCCAGAGUGCUGUGGACAGGAUAAGAACCAAAAUCGUUGACCCUUACAAUAAGAUUGUGGCGCGGACAGCCCAGCUCGCCCGCUUACAGGUGGCGUGUGACCUGUUGAGGAGGAUUAUUCGCAUCCUGUACCUGAGCAAACGGCUGCAGGGGCAACUGCAGGGGGGCAGCAGAGAGAUCACUAAAGCUGCCCAGAGCCUCAAUGAGCUGGAUUACCUGUCCCAAGGUGUUGAUCUGUCAGGUAUUGACGUCAUAGAAAAUGACCUGCUGUUCAUCAGUCGAGCUCGUCUGGAGGUGGAGAACCAAGCCAAACGGUUACUGGAGCAGGGCAUGGAAAUUCAGAAUCCGUCUCAGGUGGGAACGGCCCUACAGGUGUUUUACAACCUCGGCAAUCUAAGAGAGACCAUAAGAAGUGUGGUGGAUGGAUACAGGACAUCUGUGCAGGAGAAUGUUGUUAAUGCCCUUGACAUUAAAGUCCUCACUCAACCUGCCAACACUAGAGGUGCCCCUGGCAGAGCCGUCAUGCCCACUCCAGGGAACACAGCUGCAUUUCGAGCUGCCCUUUGGACAAAUUUAGAGAAACUAAUGGACCAGAUCUGUGCUGCGUGUGGUCAGGUGCAGCACCUGCAGAAGGUUCUAACCAAAAAGAGGGACCCAGUGUCUCAUGUGUGCUUUAUUGAUGAGAUUAUCAAGGAUGGGCAACCUGACAUCUUGCACGCCUUCUGGAGUUCAGUCACUCAGACGCUUUCAGAGGAGCUGCAGAAAGCCACAGCUGCAUCAACCUUCCUGAAGCAGGCCCUGGAGGGAGAGUAUCCCAAACUCUUGAGGCUUUAUAAUGAGCUAUGGAAGAGGCUGCAGCAGUACAGCGCAAGCAUACAGGGGGUGCUUGUGACAUCAACCUUCCUGAAGCAGGCCCUGGAGGGAGAGUAUCCCAAACUCUUGAGGCUUUAUAAUGAGCUAUGGAAGAGGCUGCAGCAGUACAGCGCAAGCAUACAGGGGGUGCUUGUGAGCAGUGGUGCAGGUCUAGAUGUGGAAAUGCCAGUGUCAGAGCAUGAUACUGAAGAUCUGUUCACUCGGACCAAACCAGACUACGAUGAGCUGAAUGUUGCAUCGGUGGAUUCCGGCCUGACGAUCGCAGUAGCCAAGAACGCCGCCAAGACUGUGCAGCUUUUCUGCGUCAAGUCAGAGCAGUUGCUGUGUACACAAGGGGAUGCCAGUCAGGUGAUCGGACCCCUGACGGAGGGUCAGAGGAGAAAUAUUGCCGUAGUGAACUCUCUGUUCCGCCUACAGCAAUCUGUGGCUAAAGUUAUAUCUGGACUGGGUACCUUCCCUCCUGCAGCAGAGCAAUCGCUCACAGCAUCUUUAGAGUCAGUUCAGGCUCUGAUGAGUAGUGCCGUUCAGCCACUGCUAAAUUCUGUUACGGACUCUGUCGAAGCAAUACUCAUUACUAUGCACCAGGAGGAUUUCUCUGGUUCUUUACCAGCAGGUGGCCGUCUGGACGUGCCAUGCUCUCUGUACAUGCGUGAGCUGCAGGGCUUCAUCGCACGCGUGAUGAACGACUACUUCCGUCCGCUGCAGUGUCUGGACUUCCUGUACGAUAGUACGGAGAACAUCGCCCAGCGCGCCAUCACCCUCUUCAUCCGCCACGCCAGCCUCUUGCGCCCACUCAGUGAGGGAGGGAAGAUGAGGUUGGCGGCUGACUUUGCUCAGAUGGAGUUAGCCGUGGCUCCUCUCUGCAGACGGGUUUCAGACCUGGGGAAGGCGUACCGUCUCCUGCGGUCUUUCAGACCGCUGCUGUUUCAAACGAGUGAGCACAUCGCUAGCAGUCAAGCGCUGGGAGAUUUGAUUCCAUACAGCACCAUAUUGCAUUUCCUGUUCACUCGUGCCCCGGCUGAACUCAAAUCACCACAUCAGGUACACACACACACACACACACACAGUCGAACUAAUGCAGAGAGAUGGAAACCUCUUGGUUAUAAAUCCUCAAGGAUUGAGGUUUUAGGUUCGGGUGUUAGCAAGCAAAAGGUUUUUGAGCUCUCACAAAAGCAGUUCGAGGAUGAAGACCUUGAAUAUAGAUAA